AUUGGUCCAAACCAAAGAGCAGACAUAUGGCUCAUCGUUGGCAUAGCCUGGUUCAUGACAGACAUAUUCAUGAAGUUCCUUUGCGGUAACAACGAGUAUCGGUUCCGCAUGAAGACCAUGGCCGAUCGGCUCGUUCAGCUUGACAUCAAGCGUCCGUCUCUGCACGACCUUGGUGAUCAUUUGUACCUUGGCGACUUCGAGGUGGACUUCAUGAACCUGAAGGCGCCACUGGUCCUGUUCAUCUUGGAUCGACGCAUCUCCAAGUCAUCGAGCUCGGCCGGACUGAUGCGGAUCAUUUCCAAGAUUGUUAGCAAAGCCAACACCUCGGUGCAAACAUCUGAUGAGGUCUUAAUGUCUGAGCUAUUUCGCAAGGCCUGCGAGAAGGCACUGGGCACCAGACUGGACACUUUCUGGAGCCAGUGGGUUCAUGGAUCUGGCUGUCCUAGAUUCGAUGUCUUUCAGCGUUUUAACAAGAAGCGAUUGUGCGUCGAAAUGACGAUCCGGCAGACCCAGGACAUUGCAGCCGCUAAGACUCGGCCGCUGGAAAAAGACGAGUUUUGGCGGGAAGUAAUGGAAGACAACCACGCCGUCUACGCUGGCGAGCUGCAGGGCUCUUUCACUGGCCCCAUGACGAUACGAAUUCAUGAGGCCGACGGCACACCCUACGAGCACAUUGUGGAUAUCCGCGAGGACUCGGGGAAAGCGUCAAAGUUCGAGAUCCCUUACAACACCAAAUACAAGCGUCUUAAGAGGAACAGACGCCAGCGUGAACGGCAGAUGGCUGGUCUUAGCACGAAGGCCAACGACGAUGCCGCCGAGGAGACCCAAGCGUUGUACUCGCUUGGAGAUGUGCUCCAGCAGCAGGAGGAAGCUGACGAGUGGCGCUUCAUUGAUUGGGACGAAGAGCAAGAAGCCCGCAUGGAUCUGGAGUCUUACGAGUGGAUCCGGAUGGACGCUGACUUCGAGUGGAUUUGUGACAUCAAGACCAACCUGCCGGCAUACAUGUACGUCUCGCAGCUCCAACAAGACAAGGACGUCGUGGCCCAGCAGGAUUCGAUGCUCUUCCUUGACAGCAGUUUUGCCAAGACCGGACCACACCCACUGGUGUCCACAAUCCUCACCAGAACGCUCUUGGAUGCGCGCUACUAUUAUGGCAUCCGGACGAUGUCGGCCAAGAUCCUUCCGAAGCAUGCCGUUAACGCCAUCGACAAUAUCGGCUUGUUUCAUUUACGAAAGACAUUUCAGCACUUCUUUUGUGUGCCUGGAACGGACACGCCAAGGCCUAACAAUUUUGUUGAUAAGAGGCAGUACCUGGUCCAGUGUGCGAUCCCCAUGGCCAUCGCACAGGUCAGAGGAGAUGAUGGCCAGUGUCCUCGCGAGGCCAGACACUUCAUCCUCGCCCAGCUUCGCGGCAACGACAAUUCGGAAAACAUGUACUCCGACCAUAUUUACAUAUCUAUCCUAAUUCGAGCACUUGCCCAGUGUCAGGUCCCGGACGAGAAGAAGGUCAAACCGAAGCCGAUGUCUUUUGGGGAUGCGGAUGAAGAUGAGUUCAUGGAGGAGGCGAUUGACGACCCGGAGCCCCGGCUGUUCCGCGAUCAGGCGCUUGAAGAGAUCGAGCGGUUCCGGAGAAUGGACGAGUAUUACCCUUCGUACCAGAACUGCUUCACCGUGGCCUCUCUCGACGCUCUCUGCACGCUCAUGAAGGCCAAGGUGAUCGAUCAAAACCCUAUCGUGUUCAUACAGUAUCUGCAGGAUAAGACUUUGGAUCUGGUGCGCAUCAAGGCAUGCGAGUCGCUGGUUGAGCUUGGGCUGCUCUCGAACCCGACAUUCCUGCGCUUUCUUCUUUCACUGAUCGGUACCGACCCAUCACCUUUUGUGAGGGCCCAGCUCUUCAAGGCUCUCUGCCGUGGCCUUGCCGGCAUUGCCAUCGGCGAAAACAAGGACCUCGAGAAGCAGGCCGCACCACCGCCUGCGGAUGACGGUCUUAUAGUGGAGCACGAGAACACCAUGACCGAGGAGCGCCAGAAGGCGCGGGCACGCAAGGAAGACCUGUCUGCUGCACUGGCAGCGCUCAAGGAUGAGCUCAAGGACGAUGAGACUCUGCACGAGGUGGUCUGGGAUGCCAUCAACUCUCCAGUGUUGUCAGUUACGGAGCGAAUCAAUUUGUUGGAGCUCGUCUCCAUCCUCGUGGAGGAAGACGACUCGAUGCUCAUGACCUUCAAAUAUCCAACCUACUGGACAGUCGACAAGCGGCGCAACGAGAAAGUGCGCAGGUCAUGCGUCAUGCACUUCAGGCGCCACUACAAGUUGAAGUCGAGAAAGAAGUACACGACACCAGCAUCCGCGCCGCGCCCAGAGCCAAAGCGCACCAUUACUCUCAACCUCAACAAGGCACCGAGCUUCAAUAGCAAGACAUCUACUCCAGCUGCGGUGCCAGCCGCCCCUCAGCCGACGUUGGGAGCCAUCACGGUGCCACCAAAGGCGGUUGCCACUACGAAGCCUGCAGCGCCGUCUUCCACAAUCAAGGCAAUCGAGCUGCCACAAAAACAGUCGAUUACUGCUAGUCCUGUGGUGAAGUCACCAUCACCGGCGUCGGUAGCGGCGCCAGCAUCUGCGCCAGCUGAGAACAGGGAUAGUAUCUCAGUCUCGACACCUGCUCGUACUAAUGGCGAUCGACCUGUGAUACCGGAAACGAAACCGUCCAUAGCCAAGGUUGAAGCGCCGCCCAAGCCUGCACCUUCUAAACCUCUGGUCAGCAGCACCAGCACCCCUAAGAUCAAUCCUGACAAGAUCAGUGUGGCCAAAACCUCGACCCCGAAGAUAUCCACUGCGAAGAUCCCUACUGCGAAGAUCCCUACUGCGAAGAUCCCCCCUGCGAGCAAGCCUGAUCCCCCUCCUACGAGCAGCAACAGUGGCAGUAUAUUGGCGAAUCCAAAGAAGCGCCCCAAUCCGGAUGCUCUAAAUAGCAGCCGCCCCAGGAAGAUUGUCAAGCUCAAUACUUCCAAAAUUGCGAGUCAAGUGGCACUGAUUCUCAGGAAGCCGAAACCUAAGAAGAUUGUACGCAUCCCUUUCCGUGCCUGGGACAAGCUCAAGAUACGCAAGGACAUGCCGACAUCGGUGUCAUCGUCGUCAGCAUCAGUGUCUGGCUCAGCACCAGCGCCGCAAGGGCCAAGCUCGUCUUCAUCGGGACAGGUCCGCGCUGCGCCCAAGCACUCUGCUGUGGAAAAGACCAGCAGUGGCGGUCCAUCAGGCCCCAGCCCUCGCAGUUCUCCCGGUCCCUCGCUGGGCCGGCUUUUCUCGAACAUUGGCUCGAGCAAAAAGAAGCUCAGCUCCCACAGUCCUGGCCACUCGCGGUCGCCGUCCUUGUCAUCGCCAAAAUUUACUGGUGGAAAUAGUGGUGGUAAUGGUAGCAGCAGCAGAGAUUAUCAGGGGAGCGGCAGCUCAACUGAGAAGCAGCGGAAGGCGCUUCCGGACCCUGGUAGCGGCAGUGGGAGCGGGCUUUCGGGAGGAACUGUCCGCAAGGCUCUGCCGGACUCAGUGCGCAAGGCUCUCCCGUCUGGAGAGCGGCGGCCGUUGCCAGGAGGUGGCGGUGGAAGUGGAAGUGGAAGUGGUGGGAGCGGAGGCGAUCGCGGCAGAGAUAAUCAUCAAAGUGGCAGUGGAGGACGUGAUGAUCAUCGCAAGCCUUUACCUUCCUCUGGCGGUCAUUCAACGGGUGGUGGUUCGUCGUCUGCUCAUUCUGGUCGUCCUUCAAUGGGCGGCGAUGGUGGUGGUGGUGGUGGCAAGAGCGGAUCUCCGCCGGCACCAAAAAUCAAGUUCAAGGUCAAGGCACCUGGUCCUUCAUAAAGGAGAGGGAGACAAGACAAUUCCCAUGGUUGGUGCGAGAGGACCAAAUGACCAGAGUCUGCUCAUGGACUGACAUAUCGGCAUGCCUCCGGUCGGGCACUGAGUCCAAAACAAACACUAUGAUAUUGGCGAUGCCAGGGAUAGUGGCAGUUCUAGCCGCUCUUAAUGCGAUGUUUGUACAUAUCACAAUCUGAGACUAGCGCAUGGCGCACCCUCUUCUUCAAAUCCGAACGCAGACAUUCAAGGAUGA